AUGAUGGAGUACGCGCAUUAUUCGCAACCGCCGCAAGGCCAGCAUAAUCAUACGCAGGCGCAUAUUCAAGGUGGAUAUGCAAAUUCUGGACAGCACCCAAAUUCCGGAGCUCCAAUUACUUCACCAUCUCAACAACAACCAGUCCAUUCGCAACAUGCCGUUCAACAAUCCCCCAUUCUUUCUUCGCAAUCGCAGCAAGGAGGUCCCAAUGCGGGACACAUGCAGCAACACACUCUGGGGUAUCAACCAGCAUACGUACCGCAGAUGAACUUGCAAUAUGGAAACAAUCCGAUGAAUACCCAGGCAGCAGCGAUGGCAGCAACCAAUGCAGCAGUUGGUGGUAACUAUCCUUAUAGCAUGCCGGACUCCAGCUUGCCGCAAACGUCGCCAAGAAUUGGUGCCGGUAUAAAUGUGAAGAAGGAAAGAGUACCGCGGUCACCAACACAGGCUGCCAUUAACAACCAAGUUGCUCAAAAUAGACGUAUGAGUGUACAACAAGUUGGCAGUCCUGCUGUACCUAAUGCGCAACCUCUCAUGAACCAUGGGCCUCGGUCAUCAAUUUCAGGACCUCCUAUGCCGGCACCUCCACCACACCCUCAAUCUCCCGAACUCGUAUCGGGCGCAGUUGAAGAGUCACCUCUAUAUGUCAACGCAAAACAAUUUCAUCGUAUUUUGAAGAGACGUGUUGCGAGACAAAGAUUAGAGGAGGCACUUCGAUUGACUUCAAAGGGUAGGAAGCCAUAUUUGCACGAGAGCAGACAUAAUCAUGCAAUGAGAAGACCCAGAGGUCCUGGUGGUCGAUUUUUAACUGCAGAUGAAGUUGCAGAAAUUGAGAGAACAAAGGGCGAUGGUGGAGAUGAAAAUGACAAACCAUUAGAAACUCCGGCCAAGAGUGUUUCUAGUGUGAGUGCCAGUUCGGGAACUAAGCGAAAGGCCGACUCCGACAAUCUCACUCCUAGUAAGAAACCUAAAUUGGUCGCUGCAGCUAGAAGCAGUGCUGAGGAAGAUGAUGAAGAUGAGGAUGAUGCAGAAGAUGAUGGAUGA